CAUACAGAGUAGCCGAUCAUUCAAUAAAAUAAAUUACCAUCAUUUUUCCAAAUUGUAGUGCGUUAAAUAUUUUUCAGAAUGUUGGAAGGUAGCAAGCACUCAACCCGAUGCAUAAGUGCACAAGGUCCGUACAGCUUCGAUUUCAAAACUAAAGACCCGCUGAAGAGUUUAGGGGCGAUUCCUUAUCUAAAACCGGUCAGCUCUUCGGAAUUGGCCGGAGACCUGGAAAAGUGCCUGGAACUGAUAUCCAGUCCAGCUGGAGAGGAAUUCGAGGUGGACUUGUCCCUGCCUGUCAAUAGGCUCAGCACGAUUGCAUCCAAUUACAAUCUACAGAUAUUCCCAGAGAAUAUGGAUUAUUCAAAAUUGUUGUCGUUCGAGUCCGAUUCGCGGCAAGAUUCGAGUGAGUUGCCUAUGGAGACUCGGAACUUGGCAACUGGCGAACAGAAGGACAACGACAUAUACUUCAUAGCAGAUAUGGAUCCAGGCUACGCUGAGCUAGAGAAAGUUAUCGCUGCCGAUAACGUUGAGAUCCAACCUGUGUUACCACCCAAGCCAGGGCUACUUAAGGAAAUCUUCAGGAAUAGAUUGCUGCCUACACAGAGUAUGGAAAACUUCUUUGUCGCUGCGAAUCGAAUGAGGCUAACACCUCCAUCCGAAGGCACUAUGAAGUGUAGACUGUUGACUGCAGAUGAUAUUAAAGAUAUUUUUGAAGAGAAGCAGCUAAAACUGCCGACAGCUCCAACUAAAAGCGUUUCUGGCAUCAAUUUCUCUGCCAAGAAAAAGAGCCCUCUAAAUUGGCAAAAGCUUCAUGAAUUUUCCAUGUGUACCUCCGAUGAAAAGUUGAAUUUUUGCCAACCAAGUCAAAACUUGGAGCUGUUUGGCUUCCGUAUGGAUAAGACUAAAGAAAUUGACUCUUCACAAGUGAAAGAUUCAAAUAAAUUAACAUGUUCCAACAAUAAUCAUGCGGAAGCAUCAUCAGUUGAUUUGGAAUCAAUUGAAAAUGAAGAGUCUGAAGGUAUAUUGAAAAAAUGUAAGGAAGAAUCAACCAUUGAAACUUCUGAUGAAAGCCUGAAUGACAAGGCUCUAGAGAUAUGUGAUCCAGCAGUUAUUAAAGAGACAGGUGUGCAGAUAUUCCGCAAGCCAACUAAGCUUUUCGCUUUUGAAAAGCAAAAGCAAUGGAAGAAGAAAGGCGAGGGACAGAUUGAGAUUUGGAGAAUGCCAGAUUCUGGCAAAUGUUAUCUGCUACUCUGGGACAAGAGGUCGGAGGAACUCUUGGUGCACAUGCCCGUGGAUGGCAAGUGGAACGUCAAUUAUUUGACAAAGAGCACCAACAGCUGCCACUGGCUCUACGACAAUUUCGCAAAUUGUCCUCAAGGAAUUCGCCAGCCUCUGGCUUGUAGUUUCACAGAAUCGGACGUAGCCUCGCAGUUUGUGACGAUUGUGGCCAAUUGUUUGGGGAAACCUUUAUAGUCAUAGAUAUAUUUAUAUGUAUUUUCUGUUCAUUGUUUAGUAAUCAAACCGUUAUUCAAUUAUCCACA